GCACAGCACUUGCGAGAUCCAGAUCGACGAUGAUGAUGCGGCGCGCUUCUUGUGCGCUUCAAAGUUUCACCCGGUCAUGGAAAUAUUCAGCCAAAUACAGCAAGUCGGCACAACUGGUCCUCUCCACGUUGGCAGAGACAGCUCUGCAUCCAGCGACCUGUUUGUCAUCGACGCCUGCGAUAUAAGGAAUAGCGCUCGACGCCGUGGUCUGUGCGCUCAAGAGUUGUAUGCUUAGGGCCUUCCGCAUCUUUCAUGCACACGACGCUGCAAUCCAGCGCACCGGCUAUCUGUACACCGGCAAUUCCGAGUCGCUGCGGUCAACAUGUCACAGUCCGGAAGCCGGGGAUUAUCGAAAGCUAUCGAAGAAGCGAAGUGGAACAGGGUUGCGGAUCAUAUGCGGUCGUUCCAUGACCAUUUCAAGGUCGAAUUCGAUAAAAUAUACAAUUUAGCAGAUGGCUCCUUCACCAGCAGGGGAAUGUCUGUGCAGAUGUAUCUUCGCACAUGCAAUCAACUCGUCAGACACUUGACAACGCACCAUACCAUCGAGGAACGCUAUAUAUUCCCUAUACUCGCCGAACGCAUGCCGGAGUUCCGUGAAGACGACGUACACAUCAAGUCUCAUCAAGGGAUUCACGACGGCCUCGACAAGCUCAGCGCACUCAUCAGCAAGUGGAACAAGGAUCAGACGACGUACAACCCCACGGAGAUGAGAACAUGUCUCGACAGCUGGAGAGAAGUUCUCUUCGUCCAUCUUGAUCAAGAGGUUCAAGAUCUAGGCGGGGAGAACAUGAAAAAAUACUGGACACUUCAAGAGCUGGCCAACAUUCCGAUGUAGUAGGCGUCGUGGCAGCUUCAAAGUUGAUACAGGCUAGACAGAUUCUGGCAUUUUCGUUUGUAACAUGGUCAGAUUAUUGCACGUAUUAAACAUCAUUGUGCCUCAGGUUCAGCAACUGAGCUAGCCAAUUCUGUGUCC